AUGGUCAUGACAGUGACAACAUCAACCGGAAAGCGGGUGACCAUGUACUGCCUAGGCAGCCUCACGUUCGUCCCCAGCGAGGCAGUCAAAGACGAGGAGACGCAUAAGCAGGUACUACAGCGGCUGGCCGAAACAAAUGACUUUGCGACAGCCAUCCGGACGUGGUUCCACCUAGCCGACGACGUCAACGUCCCUGAAGCCGAUGAGUACGUGUACCAUGCCAUUGCCAGCGUGAAGCUGUCACAGGUCCAGAGGGCGGUGGAUGUUGGCGGGGCGAAAGGGAUGCAUGGUUGGUACAAGCUGGAAGGUGGUGAUUUGCUUUCUCCACCACCACAAGCAGACAUAGAAUCUUACAUCUCCAUCUUCCAUCCCUCAACAGCCACAGCCUCGGCCCUCACCGCGUUCCAGUCCAACGCCAAACGCUCCUCCAUCCGCCUGCGCUCCGCCACCUACCUGCUCUCCAAGCGCUACAUUGCCUCCGACUGGCAUCCCCUCGGCAACCAGCUCAUCAUUCCCAAGACCAAAAGGACAGCAAGACCCCGUUGCCAUUGGUGCGGGCCGAUACCUAUUUCUUCUUCUUCUUCUUCUUCUUCUUCUUCUUCUUCUUCCUCCAGUAACAGCAAUGGGAAGGAAGAGACGCUGCAAAAUGAGAACGACAACAACAAAAUUAUCCUUACCAACCCGCGCAUGUCCCACCACGUCCUGCCCAUCUUCAUGCACCACUUCGGCUGCGCCGUCCCUUCCCACGAAUCUUUAUGUCUCCUCAAACUUUUCGCGAGGGGACGUUCCAUAAUCGACAUGGGCUCCGGCAACGGGUACUGGACGUUCAUGCUGCGACAGUAUCUCUCUUCCUCUUCUUCUUCUUCCUCCUCCUCCUCCUCUUCGCCAUCGUCAGAACAAAAUGUCUACGCAGUAGACAACAACCAAUCCGAGUGGCGCGUAAUGUGGAUAGACGACACCAUCGUCGCCGACGGAAUUAAAUGGCUUCGAUCCACCGCCCAAAACGGCGGCGGGCAGGAUAUGGUUCUACUUUUGGUGUACCCCAUUGUGGGAGGCGACGGGAGCGCAGCGGGUGGAAAGGAAGGGGGGUUCACGAGGGAACUGAUGAAGGCUUACAGAGGGGAUACGAUUGCCGUGGUGGGCACGCAGAAUGGGAAUGGGUAUACGGGGUUUAAGACGGAGACGAUGGAUGAGUAUAUGGAGCGCGAGUGGAAAGGGGAGGGGUGGAGGAAGGUGGUGCAAUGCCCUUUGCCGAGUUUUGCGGGGAAGGAUGAGGCGUUGUUUGUUUUUCAGAGGGGGGAGGCGUUGGGUGCUGGCGGUAAUGGUGCUAAUGGAAGUGUUGUUGGGGUUGGGGCUUCUGGGGGGACGGAGGGGACUGGGAGUAAGCCGAAGAAAAGAAAGAAGAAGAGUGGAAAGAAGAAGAACAACAACAACAACGGGGUGGAGGCGGAGAAUAAGGGUGGGGAAAAUGGAGAGGAGGGGAAGGAGGAAGUGGAAGUGGAAGGUGGUGAUGAGUGA